ACAGGUACUGAAGAAGAAGAAGAAGAAGAAGAAGAAGAAGAAGAAGAAGAAGAAGAAGAAGAAGAAGAAGAAGAAGAAACUACUCUGGGUCACGUGAUUGGGUCGAGCAUCUUUUUUGGUCCAUUUUGGAUGAUAGCAGGAGCCCUGUGCAACCCAAGAAAAUGACCAAACUGCAGUUUUUAAACGUCUUUUUGACUGAGCGUCUCAUGCUCGCUGCGCAGGAGAUCUACAAAUCUGUCGAGGACACGAUUUUGGAGUACCAGGAGGAGAUAGCGAUCCGGGAGCGGGAGAACGACCAUCUGAGACGCAGGCUUCGAGACGCUGGAAUUGAAAUAUGGCCAGAUCGUCCGUCCAUGGCGCUGUUGGACGAGGAGGAUGGUGAGCAUCCACGCCGUGAGUGGAGUCCCAGCAUGGGGCACGAAGAGCGUAUCCCUAUUCAGAUAAAGGAUAAGAGAGAUCUCCGGGCCAACCAAGGAGAUGAUCAGCUUCGUGGCCAUGGCUCUUGCAGCACGCCAGAGAACAUGUUCACUCCUCCGCGUGUUGGAAAUGAAUAUCCCCAGGAAGCCCCACACACGUCCAACCUCCCUCAGAGUCAAGGAGUGGAGAACAGGGAGCGGGACCCCGGAUCUCGAGGCCCCUCAAGGCAUGUGAAGGUAGAGAGUGGAGGAGCCCACAGAGGCUCAGCUUCCUCAAACAGCGGUGCCCAGCCGUUGGCGCCAGUGAACCCAAACUGCUCAAACGAGAACAACAUUGACAUUAUUGGGGUGGAGAAUGGAGGACAGAUGGUUGGUGCUAAGGGAAAUGGAACUGGUGCUAACAGAGGUCAGGCCUCUCACAUGCGGAACCAAGGAGCCAAUGCCGUGGACUGCCCCCAUCAAAAAUCCCCUUUACAAGGCCACAUGUCGUCCUUUUGCUGCAAGGUUUGCGGUGAGGCAUUUAGUCACGUGGGCCACCUGCAUGUGCAUGUACAAGUGCACACGCGAGAAAAACCUUACCGCUGUGGAGUGUGCGGCAAAUGUUGCAGCUCCUCCGGCAGACUCCAGGAGCACCAGCGCAGCCACACGGGGGAAAAACCAUUCCGCUGCCAGAUUUGUGGAAAGGGCUUCACACAGAUGGCUCACCUGAAGGUCCACAUGAGGAUCCAUACUGGGGAGAAGCCCUACAGUUGCCCUGUGUGUGGCAAAUGCUUCAGCCGUUCAGACAAAAUCAAAAGGCAUCUCCAGACCCAUAGCCGCGAGGGAACAUAUUUCUCAGGGCAAUGAUGCAAGUGUGUUGUUAAACAACCCAGUUUGUGAAUCAUAUUGAUGUGGGAAACUUUUCAACAAAAAGCUAAAAUUGCUGCCAUUAAGUCGAGGCUUUUUUUUCUACUUUCCAAGAAUUAGGGAUUCUGCAACUCUUAGAGAAAGUUUCUUAUCUAACCUAAUAUUUCUCCACACCAUAGUCCCUCAAUAGAAUUUGUAUUAGCCAGUUUAGUACGUCAUUUACUUAAUUUUGUACUUGUCACUGAGUAUUAACUCUCUGUGACAAUUUGAGUUAUUAGCUAGCCUUCCUGAAUUAUCAAGCCUUUCCUUCCUUAGUCAUAUAAUUAGCAUGAUGAAGUCUUCCACACAUGCCUUGAAACUGAGAUGCAUUAAGAAAUGCAACAAUGUUCAGCACAUUCAUGGCUCAUUGUCAGCCACUCGCACCACUUCCUUAACUUUACACAAUUUAAAAUUGGCAUACUUGACGUCUCGUGAUCACUAAUAAAAGAACUCAAAAUGAAGAGGCCGUGUGUGCAUGAAAUGAUCUCCUUUUUCUCAAAUAACCAGAGAAUUGAUGGCCUGACAAAUUAAGUGUGUGUGUGUCAUCUGGCCUACCCUAACACUGCCAGUUCUUUUCAUAUGUAGCAAUUUAAGAAAUGACACAAAGUUUAGGGCAAACAAAAAGAUAAUAAAAUGCCUCUGUGAACUGUGGACUUGACAGACUUAGCAGGAGAAGUCUGACCUGGCACUCAUCUCCAUUUGAAUCUUUUAUUUUAUCCUUUUUCUUCCAAGUGCUGUUACAUUGUUGCAGAGCUAAAUACUGCCAUCUCACAUCGUCAGUGCUUCAUGUUGUCCACUGGAGUAUGGACAAGUCUGUUGUGAGACUGCUCCACUAUUUUGUGAAAUAAUGUGAUAUUCUGUAAAAUACCACUAGUCACGAUCUACCAUGCAUUUAGGAAUUUUGUGGUGUCUUUUUUUCUAUGACAAGCACUAAGGCAUCUGUCUGAGACGAUGCAGAACUCCACUCUAUAACAGGGCCAUACAGUAUUAGCUGAACCUUUUGUGGGUUUUUUUCAGGGGUCUCAGUACGCAAAGAUUUAUGUUCCACCACAGUAGUAGGUUGGUUUUUUCUUUGGGAGCGUUUUUCAGAAGUGAUCGGUUGGUUUAGCACAGAAUCAGGUACUUCCUCUGACCCCAGAACAGCAGACCCAACAGUUACCUUUCUCCUCUCAGGACUAAUGCUGCAUUCACAACAUGAGGGCAUACCAGAAAUACUAACGUCUGAAUAAAAAUAGCUAUAAUAAAAGUCAGACACUCAGGGUUUGUGAGUUUUCCCAUAAGAUUUGAAUCUACUUGGAGCAGGAAUAUCAAUUUGCUCUUGAAUGUCCUGCAGAAAUCAACUUAUUAAUAUGAUACCUCCAGUGUGUCAAAGCUCAGUUGUUUGCUCCUGGAGGAACACCAGUGAGACCACCAUGUGUGAUGAAUGCAGCAUGAGACGACAGCACGUCCUCACAGCUGACCAGCAGCCCUUCACUCACAGUUUUCUCUGGGACACCUUUGCUCCCCCCUGCACACACACACUCACACUCUACAUGUACAGUGUUGUAUCAUUGCGUAUUAAAUGUUAUUUUUUAAUAAAGUAGUAAUUGAGUAUCCAUUGUAA